UCAUGUUCACGCCUGUCUGCGCCCAAAGGUGACACGCCUGAAGUGUUGGUGUCUGAGCAGUCGUGUCAUCAUGAGAUGAAGCUGCAGCAUCAAGAGGUUUCAGGAAAACAAGUUUUUUCUCUAAAAUUGUGGGCAUUUUUGGUUCUACUGCACAAAACUCACAUCAUUCUCAGCCAAAAGGUUUAGAAUUAGAGACUAAAUCUAUUUAUCAAACGUUUAAAACCUUUAAAAGUUAGAUUUUACAGUUGUAUAUCAUUGUAAAGCUGCAGAAUCAAGAGGUUUCAGGAAUCAACUCUAUUUUCUUGUUAAGGUUUUGCACAUUUCUGUAUUUUCUUCUGAAGCUAGACACUUUUUGUUCCAACUGCACAAGACUCAAGUUAAUCUCAGCCAAAAUGACCUUCAGUCGCCAGUAUAUCGAUGUAUGAAACAUUUAAACCUUUAAAAGUUAGAUUUCAUAGUUUUAUAUCACUGUAAAUUCAGGAACAUAUAAUUUAUAAAUACCUCCUUUGGCCUUGUUUUCAGGCUCAGUUGUUUGAUCUACGGCAUUCACUUGUUUAAAAUGUAGCUCUGUUGCAUCAGUUCAUGCAAAAACUAAAGUCCGAGCUGCUGCUACAUCAUUUAACUAUGAAAGGAACCUGCAGAAUCAGGAGGUUUCAGGAAUCAGUGCUAGUUUCUUCAGAUUUAUCUCACAUUUUUGCAUUUUAACUACAGGUACUUUUUUGCUUCAGCUGCACAAAACUCACAUUCUCAGCCAAAAAAUGUCUCCAACUAGAGACUAAAUCAACCUUCAGUCACCACUAAAUCUAUUUAUCAAACAUUUAAAAGUUAGAUUUUACAGUUUAAUGCCACUGUAAAUUCAAAUUCAGGAACAUAAAACGUACAGACGUCUCCCAGAGCCUUGUUUUCAGGCUCAGUUGUUUAAUCUUAAGUGCUCAUAAAACAUUUUCACCUCGUUGGAAGUUUUCCCUUUUUAUUGCUUUUCAACACUGAAUCAUCGUCAAUAUAACCUGGCUUCUUGACAACAAUUUACAAAAAAAAAGACUUUCCUAAAACGGUGAAAACAUCUACAAAGUAAUGUCAAUUAAUUAAAAAUGGAAAACAAGUGACUGCAUUGUUCACUUUACUGAAAUCUGUUUCUACUUUGACAUGAUCGAGGCUUUUUUUGGUGAAUUCUCGUCCAUAAAGCUUCAAUAAAUUGAUUCAAUUUUGAAAAGCAGUGGAAGUGGAAAAGUUCCAAGGAGGGUAAAUAUUUUUAAUAUUUACUGUAUGAUGUUUUUCAUGUGAUGGCAAUAGCACCAUUUCAGAACAGGAUACUAAGACAGAAAGACGGUUAAUGUUGAUCUACAUGCGCCUCGUAUAUGUAAUAAAAUCAGAAAAAUGAUGCUAGAUAGUUCAGCUGAUGUGUCAAAAUGAUGAUCAGUUUUUCUAAAAUCAUAAAGCUUGGUGCACUCGUACAGGUUGAGAAUAUUUUCAGAAACAGAGCCCUCGCAGAAACUCACAGCGCUGUUUGACAACAAAGAGAAACUUUGACCAACAAAAAGCUUCCUGGAGGUGGAUGAAAACAAACCAGAGCUCUCGUGGAAACGUCGACGACCAAACUCACCGUUUAGACUCUGGAGAUCACGGUGGUCAAAUCUUUCAGCUUUGAACUAACAGUUUGUGGCUGCAGAAACACUAGAAACACCAGAAACACUGCUGGGGGCUUCAGAAAUCUAAAAAAAAAACAACCUCCUUUUAGUGCUCAACUCUGUGUCAGUGUGGAGGAGACAGUUCAACAACCAAACAAACCUGGGUCUGAAAUAGAUUUUUGGAGUUAAUCUUUGCGUUUGACUCAGUUUUUAUGAGCCAGAAAGGUCACGCUGGAUAUUUUUCUACUCCUUACAGUCGAGGCUAAUGAACAGAAAGUCUUUAAAAUUCCUUAUUCUGAGAUUUUCUGCUUUAAAAUUCAGCUUUAGUUUACUUGAUAUUAUAUCUGGUGUCAUUUCAAUCCUUGGCCAUUGCAACAUUUGUUCCAGCAUCACUUUUUCUGUGCUAUCGUGUUUGGUUCCACAGAUUUGAUGCUAAAUACGUAUUUUAGUUUUGGUUGAAGUACGAGGCUCCACCUGUGGAACAUCAAGGACCAAAAGUGCACCAAGUUUCAUGAAAAAAUGAACAAAUUUGGCACAAAUCAGCUAAACUAAAAGCCCAAGUAAGUUGUAUUAGUUUGCUAAUUCGAAUAACAACCUCUUUAGGUUGUUUUCAAUCAACAGUAGUCAAAGUUUAAGAAUGAAGAACAUGAAAACUGAGGCCAGUGGGUGUUUUUUGCAUCUUAAACUUACAAUGCUAAGGGUUGCAAUACUGUAAAGUGUUUUUAAAAGCAUUUUUAGCAGUAAAUUUACAGAUAUUUCACAGUUUUUCCUCUUUUUUUUCCAGAAUAAACAACCAAAGAGCAAUUGAUCAUCUAUUUUUCAGAUAAAAAACAGAAUAAAAUCAUAUUUUACGACAAAAAUGUUCAUUAAGCAAUAAUAUUAAUGGGAAUAACUGCAGCUCCAGAUCAAUUUAAAUGUACUUAUGUGUCUAUUUAUCUGCUUGAGCUGUUGCUCUACCAAAAACAAGAACUUCACAUUCAGUGACGCUUUGUGUCUGAAAGAAAUUGAUUUCUGGUGUGAACUAAUUGACAAAUUAUUGCUUAAGUUACUCAGGGAGCAGCAAUAAAACAGCUGAGCAGCUUCAAAACUGCAGACAGCUGCCUGAUAUUUGUAAAAAGUAACCUAGAAUAAAAUUAUCAGGCGAUUUAAAGUCCCUUCCAGUCACAUCUUUAGAGUUAUCAACAAUCUACAUCAUCCUGUAAUGCUGUCCAAUGAAUUAGCAUCUCAAGCUAAAUGGUAUUUUAGUGCAAAACUCAGAGUAAGAUGCCGCUAAUGCACAUUUUAGGCCAAAACAUUAACAGCAUAAAGUGUCAAAAUUAACCCUGUUUAAUCCGUUUGCCCUCAGUUGACAUGGAGGAUGAAGAUGGGACUUGUCUACUUGAUGUUUUGUGUGACCCCCAAGCCCUGAACGACUUCCUUCAUGGGACCAAUGAGCUGCAGACAGAAGACCUGCUCAUUAACUCCUCCUCUGGGGAACCCUCCCUCUUCGCUGAUGCCCCGAGUCCCGUCUCUCUGCUGGGAGACGGCAGGGAUUCCCCCAACACGCCUCCGCCCGGCUGUGUGGAUCUGUCGUUCCUGGAGGAGGCCCUCCUGUCCUCCCCGGAGGGUGGAGAAGACCCUCCGGACGUGCAGGGCGGACCACCUGUGGAGGCUGGAUGCGAGGCCAAGAAAGCGGAGGAAGCGGCGGAGGCGGAGGUGGCCUGCGACAUCCUCCAGCAGAGCCUGCAGGAGGCCGAGAUCACGGAGCAGACGAUGGCUCUGGAAGCAGGUCUGGCUCCACCGGGGGACGGUCUGUCCCUGUACUCCCCCUCCCCGCUCCUCUCUCCGCCCACGGUGCCCUUUAUGCCCAAAUCUGUGACCCUCCCCGUCACCCCGGCGUUGCCCAGAGACACCCAGGCGGCGGUGGAGCCUCCCCAGCCCUCCCUGCUUGCUGUGGGUCCAGGCUGCCCCUCUCUGAAACCCGCUGCCCCUCCUCAGCUGAUGGGGCUGCUGCCAGGAAACGUGUUUCCUGCCGCUUCUCCGGAGACGUCCUUCUCUCUGAGUCCCGCCCAGGCCUCCAGCAUGAUCAUCCACAAGACGGUUCCGGGUGUCACCGGUCGGCCCCUGAUCACCCCGACGCUGAGGGCGGCGGCAGCAGCACCAGGCAUCGUCCUGCAGCGAGCCCCCCUCCCCAUCCAGCCCAAGCUGCCCAUCAGCAUCCAGCCCCGACUGGUCCAGAUCAGCCCCAAACCCUCCGGACAGAAACCUUCUCCUGGCCUCACCUUCGUCCCUGGGACCGCCUCCCCAAAUAUCCUGCUGUCCCAGGCUCCGGGCCAGAAGACUGUAGCUCCGCCGCCGCAGCCCCCCCAGCAGCUCCCCAAACCCGUCAGCCUGCAGCUGGUCAACCAGGGCGGCUCCUUCGUGCUCCAGCCUCAGCGACUCUUCCAGGGCCAAAACCAGUUCCUUCUUCCAGGCCAGUCCCCGGUCACCAUCUCCCAGCCAGCCAGUGCAGCUCGACCGCUGCUGACCUCCAGCCACCAGGGCCCCUCAGUGCACGGCGUGGCCCCCUCCACCGGGCAGCUCGUGGACGGACCUCAGAUCUUAACUGUGCCCCAGAGACAGCUGAACUUCAGCCCCGUCUUCACCACCCCCACGGGGCAGCUCGCGCUCCGCCAGGCCACCGUGCUUUCAGGACCUCUGCAGCUACAGUCGGCGCCCGCCACCGUCUUCCAGAUGCCGGCACAGCUGGCUGGAACCUACACCGCGGGAGGGCAGGGCCAGAGGGCCACGCUGGUCCACAGUCCGGCUCUGGGAAACCACAUCACCUUGAUCAACAGCUCGGGGGUUCUUCCUCCGGAUCUCACUUCCAUCUCGAUCGUGAACGGGCCGUCGGUGGUUCAGGGGCUUCCCUUCGCUGCUCAGACGCCUCAGACUGAAGGUCAGCUGAGCCUCCAGCAGACGUCUGUGGUGCUGCUGCCGGACAGGACAGUCCAGGAGGAGAGAACCGGCUCAGAGGAGAGUUUCCACCAACUACAGCAGCCCUACGGUCACGUUCUCCAGCACGUCUCGGUGCAGCCGUCCUCCGCAGGGCUUCGGUCUUCGCCUCCCCCGGUGGUCACCGUCCUGCAGCCUCCCCCUGAACCACCUCUGGCCCCGGAUCCAGCUGUGGAGAUGCCCAAACUCCUGAUGCCCCCAGCAGACAUGACGCAAGCGGUGGAGGAGGCGACCCGCUCGAUGAGCCAGAACCAGGCCUUUAUGCAACAUCUGCAACAGCAAGCACUUAGUUCUCCCAUCUCGUCCGACUUGUUGGUCGGAUCUCUGCCGGUGGUUCCGAUGGAGUCGCUCUCCUCUCCGGUCUCCGGUGACCGAGACCCUCAGCCUCAGACUCAUGCCGGUUCCGGUCAGGACUCCCUGCUGUCGGAUCAGUGUGUCGAGGUUUCUCCUCUUCACUCGGACCCCGAGGACCCGUCGCUGAUCUGCUCUCCGCCUCAGAUCCAGGAUGCCGGCAGAACGGCUCCGGCUCCUUUCUCCCCCUCAGCUGGGCCUCAGAUGGUUCUGUCCGGACCUGAGAGUUCAGCCCAACAAACGGCAGCUCCACAGUCCAGAAUCGAGCCCCCGGUCCAGUACCCGGCCCCCCAUCAGCUCCAGGUGUCACAGGCCUUAUUCGGCCAGAACCAGGUGCAGAUCCAGGCCUCGGUCUCCCCCUCGGUACCCCCUCCGGUCCACAGCAGCCCGUCUCCUCUGCGAUCCAGCGUCUCGGUGCCUCAGCAGCAGCCGGAUCCUUCAGCUGCUGUUGUCUCCAAAGCAGGAGACGACUCCGCUGUCCAACAGCACACACAAAACAAGCCGACAGCUGCCUUGGUCGUGGAGAGUAAAGCGUUUACUCUCGAUGUCCAUUCACCCUCUCCUGCAGCCAAAGGGGUCCAGCAAGUCCAUGGAGCUCCAGCUUCCACAGAGUGUCCACCGGUCCAGACGAGUCCACAGACCAAGGUGGCAGGUCCUGUGGAGCUGCAGAGAGAGGAGAGGCUCACACCAGCAAUGCGAAGGCACAGGUUCCAGCAGCAGCUCUGUUUGGACCACGGAGCCAUACAGAAUCCGCUCACCGGUUCGGCCUUCUCCACGUUGAAAGACGCCGUGAGACGCCUGCUGCCGUACCACACCUGCGCUGGUCACCUGCCCACUCAGGAGGACUUCAAUUUAGUGGACCAGGAGUUCGACACCGUGUCCGGCUUCCUGCUGAAACGUACCAAGGACAUGGUCAACAAAUACAGGCAGCUAUUGGUUAGAGAAGCCCAGCAGGAGAGUCCGUCGGCGGAGAUGGUGAUGCUGGAGCGUCUCUUCCUUCAGGCCGAACGUUACGCUUUAGCGGAGGACAGACGACGAGCCCGCAGAGACCCAGAGUCCUUCAUGUCGGUCUUGUCUUCAUCCUCGUCUUCCCCUCAUGGUGCCCACUCCUCCAGUUCCUCCAACCUCUACUCCUCCUCUGGCAGCCCUUCAUCUCCACCAGCCUGGACCCGGCCGCCGGGCCUCAAGACGUACCGCUCCAGCUCCCGCGGUGCACUAAGACUCACCAUCAAGCAGGAGUCCGGCUCUCGUAAGGUGAUCCACAACUCGGCCUGCGACCCAGGGCUGAAGAGGGACCACACGGGGCAGCUGACCAACGGCGGCGGGGUCAACGAACGCCACUCGCCGGCGCCCAACGGAGCCACCCAGCAACACGACCAGGAGAUGCCUAACGGCAACACUGCAGCAGAGGAGGUUCCUCAAACGGCGCCCAGUUCCAAAACGAAACCCCAGAACCCUCUUCCUGUGCCGGAGGUUUGCUCAGAAUUGCCUCCCAGAGAUGUCAGCGCCCCAAAACUGAAAUGCUACCGGUUGGAAGCGUCUCCUCGGCCAGAGCAGCGGUUCAGCCCGCCGCCUCCGACCCUCCAAGAGGACAACAUGCUCAGUGAACAUCUGCAGAGCGCCAUCGACAGCAUACUGGAGCUCCAGCGCCUGCAGGGCCCAUCGGCAGCCCCGACCAGAACCACGUCGGGCCCCUCGUUGGACCAGGCCGUUACCAGCAUCCUGGAGGGACACCUGUGAGGUAAAUCCACGAAAAACAUCCAACCAAGAUGGAACAACCAGACUUCUUCUCUGUUCCCAUUAAGGGUUUCAGAUUUUACUUUUUAAGGAUUGUUUGAAGGAAAAAGGAAGAAGGGAAAAAAAAUUAAGAGGCACUAUAAAGAGAUGCAUACCAGACAACAGCACUAUCUGUAGUCCGAUAGAUGUUAGAUACUUCAUUUUGAUGUACGUUUGUGGAAAAAAAAUCUAUUUGAAUAGGAGCUAUAUUGUUUCAGUGGUAGUUAAGUCAUUCAGAGGUUUACGACACUGGUGUAACCUUCAUCAGCAUAUAGUAUAUAAGUAAUAGUGAGGAUAACGAAAACGUGGAGUAGACUGAGAUUAUUCAAUAGUUUUUUAUAAGAUUUCUUUCAACAAAAAAAAAACAAAAACGUGGAGUUUCUUUUUGCAUAGUGCCAAGCUUCCAGGGUAUUUAUUUUGAUAAUCUGUGCCAAUUGUGUUUUUGCAUUGAGAAUGUGCGACGAGUGAGAGUGCGCGAGUGUGUUUUCAUUAAGAGUGAGAGAAAACAUCGCAUCCUGCGACGGGACCGAAACCUCCCGCAGGCUCCAUCAUCUCGGCUUAACGAAUGAAACUCCAAAGAAAUUUGUGACUUGCUAUACAUCCUGAAUACACCAGCAAACGUCCAUGUUGUGUCUCUUCCCACAAACUGGAGUCCGUCCAUGUUAAAACAGAAAGAACCCCAGUGGGGCACAAAAAACACGAGGCAGUCAUGCUUUUCUUUAUUUUUUUUUUCCUUUUUAAGUUUGGAGUCUAACUGUGAAAUAUUUCUGUUUUCAGAGACAAGAAUGGUUUCCCAUAACUGUAUGUAUUAACAUGCAAGCAAUAAUAAUAAGUUAGGGUUGUUGGGAGCAGUGGUGGUGCAGUGAGGAAGAGGAAGAUGAAGGAGAUCUUUGCCUGUUUUGCUUAUUCAUUCGAUGAAAACUGAGAUUGUUUUUCAGGAAUGAGAGAUGCUUAUUUUUUCGUCAUCGCAGCCCAUGUAGUUUAGAAGUUUCUAACAUGUUUCAAGGGCUCGAGGGUGACUUAUAACGGCAUCGAUGACCAUGAAAACACACAAAAAAGAGAAAGAAAAACACCAAAACUGACAGAAACUGUACAGAACUUGAGCCUCUCUGCAUCGUCAACAGCCUUUGACCAAAAACUAGAGGAAUCAUCCGCUUCUCUUUAUUUAUUAUAAAAUUAUUGGUUUGUAGCCCGCCGCACUGAGACAAACGUUUACUUUCACGCCGCCAUCGUGGAGCAAUAUAUAAGUUUUUGCAACAUCCUUAUGUUAACGUGACAAUCUUAUUGGUCUGUGUGAAAAUAUGAAUUCUGUUCUGUUUGUUCGACUAUUCCUCAUGAAAACCGUGAAAAUUAUUCCUUGCAGAUGGAUUUCUACCUUCAAGGUUGAAAUGUAAAAGCUGCAAAAUGAACUUUUGUGAUGUAAAUUGAAAAUGCGCUUUGAAAUUUAGCUUUUGGAAUCGAGGGUUAAGGUUCGACAAGUUGUGAAUUGGAAAGGUUUAGAAAAUGCCUUAUUGUUAAUUCAGCGUACCUUUAAGGAAAUGGAAUCUGCAAAGAAAAGAUGUAAACAUCCAGUGUUCUGAAAUGUGAAAGUAACCUGUCCCCUAAAAGAAAAGGAAAAAAAACAUCUGGAAAUUUGGGGCUAAAUCAAACAGGCACUCAUUUCUUGAAUUGCAUUGUCAUUUCGUUUUUUUUUUUUUUUUUUGUAAUAUGUAAAAAAUGUCUUUUGUUGGAAUGAACAAAAGGAGUUAUAAUAUGCAGUAAUUUAGUGUUGAAACUCUGCAGUAGUUCGGGUGGAAACACACAGGAGGGUUCAUGUAGUAGUUUGAGCUUUGGGGAAAUACAUUUUCUUGCUCAUAGACGAUACAUUCGUGUCAGUAUGCUAACUAUGAUGCUACAGUUAGCAGCCACUUAGCUUAGAGAGCAAAUAUUCUGCUUUUUGGGGCUUCCCACCUUUUUUAGCAUGUUGUAGCUUUUUACAGUCUGCAAACUUACAAAGUCCAUGCUAACGGGACUUAUCCUCUCCCAGAAAACACCUUCAUGAAAAACCUUGUUUCAAGUCCAAGUUUAUUUCCGUACAUAAAUGCGUAACGGAUUUGCGUAGCAGUUAGUUUGGCCUCCACACAGAAUAAACAACGUCCUUGCUACCAGCUAGCAGUGCUGCUAUUAAGACUACAGUCCUAAUUCAGUGACUAUGACCUUCGAAAGAUACAACCUACAAAGUUUAUGCGUCUGAAAGAUGCAAAGGUUGAACCAAGUUUUAAGACCAGUUCAUGGCUUCUGCAUGACCGAUGCGAAAAAAGUGCAAAAGUGGACAGCUGUCACACAUGCAGUUGUCGUCAUGAAGGUGCUCACGUUAUCUGUCAUAUUGAAGCCAUGAAAAGAACACAAGGGUCUUUCAUGGAUGUUUCUGGAACCCUCUUUUUUUUUUAACAGAUGUAGAAGUUACAGCUUCAGCACCAUGACUAAAAUGUGCUGUACGCAGUGGUAAAAUACAUGGAGAAUUUAGGAUACACAAGAUAUCUGGAGAAUUUCGGAUACGUAGGAUAUACGGAGAAUUUAGGAUACACAGGAUAUCUGGAGAAUUUAGGAUAGGUAGGAUGUCUGGAGAAUUUAGCAUGCACAAGAUAUCUGGAGAAUUUCGGAUACGUAGGAUAUACGGAGAAUUUAGGAUCCACGUGAUAUCUGGAGAAUUUAGGAUCCACAGGAUAUCUGGAGAAUUUAGGAUACGUAGGAUAUCUGGAGAAUUUAGCAUACACAAGAUAUCUGAAGAAUUUAGAUCUUCCCACUGUGUUUGGGCACGUUUAAUGUACAAAUCGACUACUCUUAUGCUGAUGAAUCAUAAAGGUGUGUGGAUGAUGGAGGAUCUCCUUCAGCCUCCAGUCACAAGAAGCACUUGUUUGAAGCACCGUUUGUUUUCCUGGCACAUGCAGUUGCUUAGUCACACAUUUUGGUCUGCAAACAUCCAUGUUUACCCUUCUUGGUCUUGAGUUGUUGACACUUAUGUCACAUGUACCAUUGCAAAUACACAGAUGUGGAAAGCUUUAACUGUUCUUUUCAAAUUGAUGGUCUGAUCUAUGAAGUUUGGCCUGUUUGCUAUCAUCAGCCUUGACCACCAAGGGUGACAGUAAAGCAAAAACUGAAACUUUACUGGCUUUGUGUGGACUAGUACAGUAGUGCAUAUGCUAGGGAUUCCUAGAUAUCACCUGAGGGUCCUCCAACUAGACUCCAGUGGAUUAGAAAACCCAUAAAACAUCUAAGCUUCCGUGGAGGUCAACGGCGGAGCAAAAAUCUUAGCAUUUACAAGGAUUCAGCUCAUGAAUUGGGACAUUGUUUUAUAUCUGGUGUGACUAACAUUCAUUGGUUCAGCCAUCCAAUCAGAGCAGACGGCUUUUGAGGAGGUUGGUCUGACAAAGAAAGGGGCUAAAACAAAGCAGAAUAGUGAGAAUAGGUGAAAAUAUAGUGUUUAAUUAUAAUAGACGCCUAUAAAUGAGCAUAAUAUGGGCAAUUUAAGGGCUAUAAAUGGGGGAAAACCGAUAACCUGGCUCUGUCCAAAGGUAACAAACUCCACCUACCAGCACUGCUAAAGCCAUGCCUCUAUGCUAAGCUAGCUAGCUGCUAACUGUAGCUUCAGAUUUGCUGUUGGUAAAUGGGCAACUAAGUUUAUUUUCCAAUCGCCUUUAACAAAACUUGUCCCAAAAUAUUAAAGUAAGCAUAUCUAAGAAGUGGCCGAGCCUUCCGGUGUGUUUCCACCCUCAGGGGUUUCGCUGUAAUGCAGUAAAGAUGUCAGAGUGUCUUUCACAACACAGGAUUGCACUCUUUGUCACCGCUAAACUUCUUAAAAGGGGAAUUCCACCAAAAUUUACUUAUGCUUUUUUAAAAAGUGUUUCCCAAAGUUUGCCCACAUCUCUCCUUGGUAAUAAUGAAGGAGACAAAACAAGAGAAAACUAAAGUCAACUUUGAUGGAAUCCCCUUCGAUGAAGCAGCCUCAUGUGCCAUUGUUAUCGUCGCAGUGUCGAACACUGACCAUUAGAAAUACGCUUAGUUUUGUCAGCGUCUUCUUAGGACGAAGGGAUUCUGCAUGUUGAGCCAUUUUUAUUUAUUUGUACACGUGCUUUAUUUAUUUUCCUGAUUGAACUGUGAAACCAGGGGAGCUCAUAACUCUACACUAAUUCAACUUCAGAUACAAACAUUUGACUGACAGAUUGUUCUGAUGCCAAAAUCAAGAGGCCUUAAUUCAGCAAAACUAGAUUGUAAAAAAAAAAGUGUCAUUCCUGACAAAAAAAAAAAAAUCCAACUAAAGACUCCUUUGACCUGAAAGUCAUGAGUGAUUCAUAUAUGAAAUGUUAAGAAAACCACUUUUGUACUCAUUUUUACAGACUAUUUAUUAAACUGUGAUUUUGUAAGAAAUAAAAAAAGUGAAUGUUG